AUCAUUCUUUUACUUUCACAGUCAGCCGGUUGUUGGUAAGAAAUCGUUUUGAAUAUUUUUUAAAAUAAAAUAAAGUACUAAUUCAUGUGAGAAGUGAAAUAUUCUACUGCAGAUAUGGAAAGAAUACGAAGACAGAAAACGGUAAAAAUCGUUGUUUUGGGUGAUAUCGGGAGAAGCCCACGUAUGCAGUAUCAUGCAUUAUCUCUUGCUAGUCACGGUUUCAAAGUAAAUUUCAUUGGCUACGAGGAGACUUUCCCUCCCGAUAAUAUCACACGCAACUCCAACAUCGAGAUUAACAAGUUGAAACCUUUCGAAUUUGAUAAAGGUCCGAAGGUAUUUCAAUAUGCUUUGAAGGUAAUAUGGCAAACAAUAACUUUGAUGUCGAUGUUGUACAAAACCGGCAAAUGUGAAUAUCUGCUCUGCCAGAAUCCGCCGGCGAUUCCCACUCUCCCUGUUUGCCGACUUUUUUGCUUUUUAACGAGAACCAAGUUUAUAAUCGAUUGGCAUAACUAUGCUUAUACAAUCAUGGGUCUCACUCUUUCUCCAAAAAAUCCGAUACUCCUACUUGCUAAGUACAUAGAGAAGGUAUUUGGAAGAACAUCAGACCACAACUUCUGCGUAACAUAUGCUAUGAAGGAGGAUUUGUCAAAAAAUUGGAACAUCACUGCCAAAGUCCUAUAUGACAGGGCACCAAGAGAAUUCCGACCAAUUUCGUUGGAUGAGAAACACAAAUGGUUCGUGAAGAUAAGCCAGCAAUAUUUUGUCUUCGGCUGCAAAGGUCGGGAUCAACUGAACCUACCUACGUCUGAGAUUACUCGGACUACCUUCACCCACAAAUUGCAAGGCCUUAUACAUGAGCGGGCAGAUAGACCUGGCCUGAUCUUCAGCAGCACCAGUUGGUCACGUGAUGAGGACUUUGGCAUACUUAUGGACGCUUUACAAGUUUAUGAAACAACAUACAAUCUUGCAAAUAACCUCCCGAAGCUAGUAUGCAUCAUAACAGGCAGAGGCCCGAUGAAGCAGCAUUACAUUGAUGAGAUAGGAGACAGGAAGUGGCAACAUGUGAGAGUGGUGACUCCUUGGCUGGAGUCUGCAGACUACCCGACAAUGGUGGCUUGUGCCGACCUAGGCAUUUGUCUACAUACCAGCUCUUCAGGACUUGAUCUUCCCAUGAAGGUUGUGGACAUGUUCGGAGCUGGAUUGCCUGUCUUUGCCUACGAGUAUAAAACUCUGGGAGAGCUUGUGCAGAAUGAUGUGAAUGGCUUCACAUUCAAGAACAGCGACGAACUAGCCAAGAUGCUGGUGACAUGGUUUGAAGACUUCCCAUAUAACGACGCCCAGAACCAAAUAGUUGUGCGUAUCAGAGAAGAGCUGGUCAAUUUCCGCAGGUUGAGAUGGGAAGAGAACUGGGAUCGCAGGAUCAAACCAUUCUUUGAAUCCUAAAUAGAACAUAAGAAAAAGACUGUUAAUAUUAAGUGAAUUCCACAAGGUCUGUGUUAUAAUAAGAAUAAUCGGCAAUUUCUAACAUUUAUAUGUAUAUUGGUGUAAGAAUAUGAUAAUCCAAUGGCAUUUAUUUGUGUUAACAAAUAUAAAGCCAAAAUAAUGUGAAGAUAAGUAAUAAUUGUGUAUGUAUGUUGAAUGUAUGUUUUUUAUGAAAUAAGUUGUAUGUGGGGCCAACAAUCUAAUUAAUUGUGAUACGAAUUUUAAUAACAUGAUAAUAAUAAUUAAAUGAUAAUGCAUGAAGUAAA